AUGGGAGAGGGUCAGCCUCGCAGGUACACUUUGAUUCCCCUUGGAGACAGCCCCAGCCCCCGAGUUGGCCACAGCUGCUCAUAUUUGCCCCCUGUUGGUGAUGCCAAGAAAGGGAAGGUCUUCAUUGUUGGAGGAGCAAAUCCAAACCAAAGCUUCUCAGAUGUACAUAUGCUGGAUCUAGAAACACACCAGUGGGAUUUAGCCACCUGGGAAGGCCUCUUGCCCCGGUAUGAGCAUGCCAGCUUCAUUCCUUCCUGCACACCUGACAGCAUCUGGAUUUUUGGAGGCGCCGACCAGUCAGGAAAUCGAAAUUGUCUCCAAGUUCUGAAUCCCGAAACCAGGGCAUGGACCACACCAGAAGUGACCAACUCCCCACCAUGUCCAAGAACAUUCCACACAUCAACAGCAGCUAUUGGGAACAAGCUGUAUGUCUUUGGGGGCGGUGAAAGGGGCGCCCAGCCUGUUCAGGAUAUGAAGCUACAUGUGUUUGACGCAAAUACUCGGACUUGGUUCCAGCCAGAAACACUUGGAAAUCCUCCAUCUCCCCGGCAUGGUCAUGUGAUAGUGGCAGCAGGGACACAGCUCUUUAUCCAUGGAGGCUUGGCAGGGGACAAAUUCUUUGAUGAUCUUCAUUGCAUUGAUAUAAGUGACCUGAAGUGGCAGCAGCUUAGUCCCACAGGGGCUGCUCCAGCAGGCUGUGCUGCCCACUCAGCUGUGGCUGUGGGAAAGCAUGUGUAUGUCUUCGGAGGAAUGACUCCUACUGGCGCACUGGACACCAUGCACCAGUAUCACACAGAAAAGCAGCACUGGACCUUGCUUAAAUUUGAUACUUUCCUACCCGCUGGACGAUUGGACCAUUCCAUGUGCAUCAUUCCAUGGUCAGUGACAUCUGCCUCUGAGAAAGACUUGAAUUCUGUCACUUUAAACUUUGAAGAUGAGAAAGGGGAUUCCACUGGCAAAAGAGUGUACAAAGAUGGUGACUCACAAGCGAAUCAGGCUGACACACUGCUCUGUUUUGUGUUUGGUGGAAUGAAUACAGAAGGGGAAAUCUACGAUGAUUGUCUUGUGACUGUAGUUGACUAAUAAAAUAUACAACUUUUAUUAUUCCUGUUA